AUGUCUUUCAACAACGGUUACAACGACCAGUUCCAGGGCCCGCCCCAGGGCGAUAUGAACAACCCCACCCCACAGCCGGGCGACAUGGGUCAGCCCAUGGACACCUCCGGCAACGGCUUCCCACCUCAGGGCAACAUGGGCCCUCCAGGCAGCGCUGGUGGCGAUGGUCAAGGCCAGGGUGCCGGAAAGACGACUCUCUGGAUGGGUGAGCUCGAGCCCUGGAUUGACGAAAACUUUGUCCGCAGCAUCUGGUACAACAUGGGUGAGACAGUCAAUGUUAAGAUGAUCCGUGACAAAUUCUCCGGCAAUGCUGGAUAUUGCUUCGUCGACUUUGCGAGCCCUGAUGCUGCCGCCAAGGCCCUGAACCUUAACGGACAACUGAUCCCAAACUCGAACCGUCCAUUCAAGCUCAACUGGGCUUCUGGUGGCGGUCUCGCUGAUAGGAGGCAAGUCAUCCGCGACGAGCGUGGUCCCGAAUUCAGCAUCUUCGUCGGAGACUUGGGCCCCGAAGUCACCGAAUUCGUCCUUGUCCAGUUGUUCCAGAACAAGUACCCCUCGACCAAGUCGGCAAAGAUCAUGUCGGACCCCAUCAGUGGCAUGUCGCGUGGAUAUGGAUUCGUCCGAUUUGCCAGCGAGGAAGACCAGCAAAAGGCUCUGACUGAGAUGCAAGGCGUUUACUGCGGCAACCGCCCCAUGCGUAUUUCUACUGCCACGCCAAAGAACAAGAGCGGUGGUCCAGGCGGCCCCGGCGGAAUGGGCAUGCCCCAAGGUGCGGGUGGCCCAGGCAUGGGCAUGUAUUCGAUGGGUGCUCCCCCAAUGGGUAAUUACUACGGCGCUCCCCAGCCCAUGAACCAGUUUACGGAUCCCAACAACACUACCGUCUUCGUCGGCGGUCUCUCGGGCUAUGUUACCGAGGACGAGCUACGCUCUUUCUUCCAAGGUUUCGGCGAAAUCACCUACGUCAAGAUUCCUCCAGGCAAGGGAUGUGGCUUCGUCCAGUUCGUGCAGCGCCACGCCGCAGAGAUGGCUAUCAACCAGAUGCAAGGUUACCCAAUUGGUAACUCUCGCGUGCGUCUCAGUUGGGGUCGCUCUCAGAACAAUUCUGGACCCGCCGGUACCCCAUACCGCCCUGCGCCACCUCCACCAGUGCCCUUUGGCCCUGGAAUGGGCAUGCCCCCGCAACACCCCUACGGCGGUGGUGGCGGCGGUUACGGUCCUAUGAUGAAGUAA